UGGGUGAUUUCUAAGGUCUGUCUAGCUCUGAGCUCCUCGGUUGAGAUAGGAUUAGAUUAUAUCUUGAAGGCUGAUGAAGAUUUAGAUAGAGGGUCAGGAGAGGGGAAGACCCCCUGGGAAGUUUCUCCAGGCCUGGGACAUUUUGUGAGCAAAGCAACUAGAGUGACCCUGAGCUUUUGGGGGGGACAAUGAAUAAGGGUGUAGCAAUAACAAGGAAGGGAAAGGGGGAAGUCUUGGUUCCUUCAUGUUAGAUCAAGACUGGAAAGAAACCACAGAAAGGGGAAGUAGAAAUGGGUGAGAGGCCUUGUGGAGGAUCACAGGACUGCUUCCUUCCUGACACUGGAGACUGUUGUUUGGCCCCCAGAGCUGGAGUGGAGCAGCAAAACCCUGAUGCUGGUUAGAGAACUGUGAGGCAGGGCAGACUAGUGCAUGGGACCCUGACUUUAUUUAAAGUCUUUUAUUUCAAACAGAACACCCUAAAUCACCAAACUCUUCCAAGAAGCCUUCUGUGAUUAGACCAAUAAGGUCCCAUCAGCCCCCUACUACCACCCCAUCUGCCUCUCCAUUUCUUGGGAAUCCCUUUUAGAAGGCUUAGUGCCUCCACCUUCAUUCUCAUUGUAUGUCUCUCUCUCUCUCAGACUAGGGCAGAAGCUGACUCCCCAGGAUGGGAGGUGAGGCUCCCCAAGAAUAGGGACCAUGUGUCCCCUCAGACACCUAGGUCCUUUGGGGGGCAGAAGCCAGCUCUGAAUUCAGACAGGGGUUUCCUGAGGGCAAAAUCUGUGUCUUUUUCCAGGGCAGUAGAGAGAAAGGAAGGUUGGUAUCAGCCAAAGAAUAUGAAAGAAAAGGAGUCUUUGUCUUCAGAGAGAUAGCCUUGGCUACUCAGCUGAUGAUGCAGUGAUUAGAGUGCUUGACCAGAAGUCAACAGGGUCUAAGUUCAACUUUUGCCCUAGACCCUUCCCAGCUUUGUGACUCUCUGGAAAAUCACUUCACCUGUCUCAGCCUCAGUUUACUCAUCCGUAAAAGGGAGAUACUAGUAACAUUCACUUUACAAGGGGAUUGUUGUUUUAAAAAUCCUUACUUUUGUCUUAGCAUGUAUUGGUUCUAAGGGAGAAGAGCAAUAAGGGCUAGGCAAUGGGGGUUAAGUGACUUGCCCAGGGUCACUCACCUAGGAAGCAUCUGAGGUCAGAUUUGACCUAGGACCUCCCAUUUCCAGGGUUGUUAUGGAGAUCAAGUGAGAUACCACAUAAAGUAUGAUGUAAAUGCUAGCUAUUAUUACCAAAGAGGAUGGGUUCUCUGACCAUGGUUCUUCACUCUUGUCACUCAAUAAUUAGGUCAGGUUCUAUUAUUUUAACCUCUUUGGCUCCUUGGCAUCACAAACACACCUAUCUGGCUAGAGAGGUUCUGUCACCUUGGAGCUGGGGAGGAGAGGAGAGGAGAGGAGAGAGCACAGGUUUGCAAAGAGCUUCUUAUACUAAUUCAUUUGAUUCUCACUGUGACCCUGGGAAGUCAGUGAUCUUACUUCACCCCAUUUCACAGAUGAGGAAACCAAGGCAAGGAGAAAGAAAAUGACAUACCCAGCAUUACACAGCUAGUAUCUGAGUUGGUGACCUCAGCAUCCUCUGCUAACACUGCUAUCAAGACCUCCUAAGGCCAUGGAGACUCCCAAUGGAACAGAGCCUUGGUACGAGAGCCUUCAAGCAGUUCUGAGAGCCCUGAAUGCCACACUGCACCGGAGCCUUCCUUGUCAACCAGGACAGGGAAUAGAACCAGGACCAGAACCAGGACCGGUGCCGGGUAACCAGACCCAGGCUUCCCAGAGCCAGCUGCUUGGCCGAGAUGACAACUCCUACAUGUACAUCCUCUUUGUCAUGUUCCUUUUUGCUGUCACAGUGGGCAGCCUCAUCUUGGGCUACACACGCUCCCGCAAGGUGGACAAGCGCAGCGAUCCGUACCAUGUCUACAUCAAGAAUCGUGUGUCAAUGAUCUGAUACUGUGGGGUGGCCAGGAGGUGAACCCAGGAACCUAGAGGCUGACACAGUGUGUGUGUGUGUGUGUGUGUGUGUGUGUGUGUGUGUGUGUGUGUGUGUAAGCAGUCACAAAAAGGGCCACUGGAGGCAGGUGUGCCAUGAUUUUGCAGUUAAAAGACAUGAUAGCAGCCCACCCUAGGGGUCAACCACUCCUGCCAAGCAUUUCCCCAGCAGCAGUGAGCAAAAGGAAGUUUAUGGAAUAGAGCCAUCCUGAGAGGUGCCAAACUGCCCGGGAAGCCCAGAGCCAAGGCCAGGCAUGAUUGAAGGGCGUUGUUGACCUAGACAAUAAGAACAGGACUGAGGAAUUUGGGGAUCUCCCCCAGCUGCACGUGUCUUGGGCUCUUGGGCUUCCUUCCAUGAGAUUCCCAACUCGGGAUCUGGAUGCUAUCUGGGUAUCCCAGGAGAACAGGGGUGCCUGAGAGUGACCUUAUUUGCCUGUCUGUACCUGGGUAGAGGAAUGAACCGGGGGCAAGGGGCAUUCGUGCAUCUGUGAUAACAACAAAUGACUUUUGCUGACUUGGAGAUGAAUCUGGAGUCCUCACUCUCUCUCCUUCAUGAUUAGGGACUAAUUUAAAGGAAGAGACUGGGUACUUGUAGGGAUUGGAAAACAGAUGAGAGGUGAAGGAAUUCCAGAUGAAGGGAAUAUCUGUGAGCAGGGCUCAGAAAUGGGAAAAUAUGAAAUUGUGGGUCCCCCAAUCUGACUAAGGCAUAGAGUACAUGAUAGGGAGCAGUACAAGAAAGCACUGAGAAGAAGGAGCACUCAGACCCUUCCAGGUCUUGAAUGAUGCCUUAAGAAGUCUCAACUUCACUCUGGGGGCUAUUUGGAACCAUGGAAGAUCCUGAGCAGAGGAGAGAUCUUAAAAGCUGUGCUUUGGGACGAUGACUGUCCAGUCAUGAAAGAAGGGAAGAACAAUAGACAAUCAGAUCUCUUACUCCUGGGUUUUCGAAAUCCCAGCAUGAACCUCAGGAGCAAGCAAUAGAGAUGACCAUCGAUGAUGCCCUUGGUCACCACCUCCACCAUUUCAGUCUUUGAAAUGGAAAGAGCCAUGUUCCUGCCCACCAGGCUUCCAGAUGUUCACCUUUGAGCAUUCAGCAAGAAAGAGGUCAGAAGGAAGUGAGACUGGUGCCUAGUCGAUGGACCAAGUCAAAAAUGGAGAAGAAAAGGUUGGAGGUAUAAGGGAAGACACAGAAGAAAGACUGAGUGAUUGGGCUCCUGGAAUUCCUCUUCUGUUGAGAAUAAUAAUCCCUCAAACUUGGGUAAUGCUUCAUUCUCUUCAAACCAAUUUUCUUGUGUCUUAUCAUUAUUGUAUCCCUAGAAACUCCCUGCAAGUAAAAAUAGUGCCAAGGAGUUAUUCCUCCUAUCUGACAGACAAACUGAAAUAAAACCAGUGCCCAAGAUUGUCUCCUAGGAACAGCGUAGAACCAGGAGAAGAAUCUGGAUCUCCUGACUCCUAGGUAGAGUUUAGGCUGCAUGAAUAGAAGCCUAACCUUGUUUUCAAGGCGUUGACAGUUUCUUGGACCUCUGCCCAACUCAGGACCCAGCUAAAGUAUUGUUUUUCAAUUCAGGCCUCAUUUUAAGGCCAUUGGCAAACUGGAGCAUAUGCAGAAGAAGGCUACCGUGGAAAGGGGAUUAGAGACCAUUUUUUGUUGUUCAGUCAUUUCAGUUAUGUCAGACCUCUCCCAAUCCUAUUUGGGGUUUUCUUGCCAAAGAUACAGGAGUGGUUUGCCAUUUCCUUCUUCAGCUCAUUUUACAGAUGAGGAAACUGAGGGAAACAGAGUUAAGAGACUUGCCCACGUUCACAGAGCCAAUAAGUGUUGGAGGCCCAAUUUGAAUUCAUGAAGAUGAGUCUUCCUGACUCUGUGACCCACUGCUCUAUCCACUGGACUACCUAGCAGCCCCCACUAGAGACUAUAUCUUUUGAGUGGAAGGACACGGAGAUGUUUCUCCAAUAAACAAUAUGCUAUAGGGAAUAAAGCACCAAACUUGGAACAGGAGAGACAUGGGUUCACAUCCUACCUCUGAUACCUACCUAGUUGUGAGGUUUCUCUUCUCAGUUUUUAAAAUGCUGGAAUUUCUCGGCUAUGGUUCCUCCUUCACUGGCUUGUUGUAAGGCUCAGAUGAGAUGUCUCUACAGAGUCUUGCAAACUUAAAGUGCUAUAUAUGAUGUCCAGAAAAUUUUAAUGCAGUUAAAGUUUAAGACUGGGACACCAUUGUAUAAAUCAUAGAUUGAGAGUUGGCAGGAACCUUGGCCAAGCUCCCCCACUCUACAGGUGAAGAACUGAGGCCAGGAGACAUCAAAUUAUAUGCAACCUAGAGAAGAGUUAUGGGAAUGCUGUAACUGUAUUCAGCACUUAACACAGUGUCUUACACUUAGUAAGUACUUGAGAAAUGCUUUCUGUGGGAUAGCCAGGUAGCACAGUGGACUCAAAUCUGCCCACAGGCACUACCUAGUUGUGUGAGUCUAGGCCAGCCAUUUAACCCCAAUUGUCCAGUACUUACCUUUCUUUUGCCUUGAAACUGAUACUUAGUAUUGAUUCUAAGAGAGAAGCUAAGGGUUUGUGAAAGAAAGAAAGGUAAAAAGAAAGAGAUGGAAGGAAAGAAGGAAGGAAAAAAAGGAAGAGAAAGAAAG